AGUGAUGCUAGUCUUCUGGAUAAGGAAAGAGAGAGAUGGCAAUUCAACUGAAGCUCCUCUACACAUCCACGUUGACGAACAGGAAGCAAGGCAAGCCACCCAACUUCAACAUUUCAACACCACCAACUCUGCAGGUCCAUGCCUCCUCAAGCAGUGCCCGGCAACUGAUAGAGUCCGGGGCAGUCCGGCCGAUACUGCCAAAGGAUGCAGCCUCUGCUUUGAACUCUGAAGGCUUCAUACUCGUGGACGUCAGGCCAGCGUGGGAGAGGGAGAAGGCACGUGUCUCGGGGUCAAUGCACGUGCCACUCUUUGUCAAGGACAUGGACAACAGCCCCAUCACUCUGCUGAAGAAGUGGGUGCAUUUUGGGUACAUUGGGCUGUGGACUGGCCAGAAUUUCACCAUGAUCAAUCCUGAUUUUGUCGGGCAAGUGGAAAUAGCUGUUCCUGAUAAGGACGCUAAGCUCCUUGUUGCUUGUGGAGAAGGGCUGAGGUCCAUGAUGGCAGCUUCAAAGCUACAUGGAGGAGGAUACAGGAACUUGGGGUGGCUGGCAGGUGGAUUUAAUCGGGCCAAUGAUGGUGAUUUUCCUGAUGUCGAAGGGACUGAGAAGCUGCAGUAUGCCACAAUAGGGGGUGUGUCCUACUAUUUCCUUCAAUUGCUUAUACUCCUGCAAGCUGUGGGUAAAAGAAGUUGAUCAUAAACUGUGAAGACAUUCUUAAUUGUUGUUCUUGAAUCAAAGGAAUGAAAGCUGCAUCUGUUUUAUUAAAGAAAAUAAUGCAGGUCUAAGCUGUAAAAUAAAAAAUUAUACCAUUAAUUCUCACAA